AUGGCUGCGGAGGAGGACGACGGCCGCCCCGCUGCCCUCUUGCUCCCGACGCUGGUCAGGGCGGCGGAGGAGGACGACGAUGACACGGACAAGCUCGGCGACGAGAGCGCGACGAUGCGACCGCGGCCGCCAGUCGGCGACCGCACGUGCCGUUUUUUGGGCGUAUUAUUCGCGAAUCGGCGAAUAAUUCGCAGCUUCUCCUUCGCCAUUAAUCUCUUCCUCCACCUCCUCCGACGCCUCCCAUGGACGAUCCCCUCCCCCUCCGCCCCAAUCCACCGCGUCUCCCUCCUCUCCCCCUCGCCCCAACCCCACCUCUCCUAUUCCAUCGACCUACGCCCCGAUCUCGGUGCCGACUCCUACACUAAGGCCUCAGAACCCGGCGCCGACUCCUCCUCCUUCUUCGUCCUCCGCGACGACCUCCUCCACCCCCUCGCCAAUGGCAACAAGGCGCGCAAGCUCGACGCCCUCCUCCCCCUCCUCCUCCGCCUCCCCGCCACCGACCUCGUUACAUGUGGUGGGUGCCAGAGCUCUCACGCAGCAGCUGUUGCCGUAUAUUGUGCAAAGAGGGGUAUUAGGUCACAUUUGCUACUCCGAGGGGAGCGGCCGGAGGUCCCGACAGGGUAUAAUUUGAUAUCAGAGAUGUUUGGCAGCAGUACGGUGUAUGUUGCCAGGUCGGCAUAUAUACGGAGGAAUGAGAUGCUACUUGAGCAUGCCCAUGGUGUGGCGGGAGCCGGUGGUGAGGUCAUGUGGAUUGAUGAUAUUGUUGGAGAGGAUUUGGGUGAAAUGAAUUCAGAGCGGGGUAUUGGCGAGGAUGGUUCGAGGAGAGUCGUGAUUGUCAAUGAAGGGGCUGCUAGCAGUGUUGCUUUAUUAGGUGUUAUUCGACUUGUGGAUUACCUUGCUCAAGCUAAUAUAUUUGGAAAAGAACAGAAAAUUAGGAUAGUCUUGGAUGCCGGCACGGGGACCACAGCUGUUGGUUUAGCUCUUGGAGUGGUACUUUUAGGGCUUCCAUGGAAAGUGACUGCAGUGAUGCUUGCUGAUACCGUUGAGAGAUACAAGGAACGAGAGAAACACUUGAUUUCCGAGUUCAAGAGGAUUCACCAGAUAGAAAUUCCUCAACAAACGUCGAGUGGAGAUGACGAUGGAAUCGUGCAGUGGGUCGAGCGUAUUCAUCCAAGGAGAUUCGGAAAGGUUUUGGACGGGGAGAUCGAGGCGUGCCGCCAUAUCGCUAGGCAAACAGGUAUCCUGUUGGAUCCGAUGUACACCUUGGCUGCUUGGGAGCGCGCGGUUUCUCUCGCGAGGGAUGCCGAGGACGACGCAAAAGCGGUGAUGCUUCACACUGGAGGGACACUAAAUAUGUUUGGAUUGGCGCAGAGAUAUCGGUCGCACUUUAGCUCCGACGAUUAACCCUCUUGAAUUGGAUGAAAUGUCUCGUGAUGAAAGUGACGAUCGAAAUUUUGUAAUUGAAAAUAAAGCAGCAAUGCUAUUCUCUACAUACCAAAAAGUGAAUGAAAAUCUUAUACCCCUCUAUCCAAGAAGCCAAAUUUGUAUACUGCUUUUAUCAAAUCAUUUUUUUUAAUAUUAAAAAACAUGCAGACGGAGCGUCUAAAUUUUUGGCUGGAGGGACGUAAGAUGUACUCCCAUUUUUUGGGCUUACAAGUAGCAUGUCUUGAAAAUUUUGUAGGUGAUUCUGAGACUGCUUCUGAGUUAUGAGGCUGCUGCAAUCAGUGUAGUUGGUACUCUCUUUUUUCUUUCUUUUUUUUGGGUGUGUGUGUGUGUGUGUGUGUGUGGAGGAGAGAUGAGAGAUAUAGUUGUAUUUAUCCCAAGAAUUAAUGA